AUGAAGCCCAUUAGCUCUUCAGUGCUUAUUCCAUUUGUUAUUGCUCCUCUUUUCUCAUUUUUAUGGGCAACUUCGGCUCACACUCAUGAAGACUUCCUUCAAUGCCUGGCCCUUCAUGCUGGAAACUCCACCUCCUCAAUUUCUCAAGUCAUUUACACCCCGUUCAAUUCCUCAUAUUCAUCUGUAUUGAAAUUCUCCAUACGAAAUCCUAGAUUCUCAACACCUGCCACCCCGAAACCUCUAGUCAUUAUUACGCCAUUGCAUGUCUCCCAAAUUCAAGCAACCAUUAAGUGUUCCCAAAAACAUGGCAUGCAAAUAAGAGUUAGAAGCGGUGGUCAUGAUUUUGAGGGCCUUUCUUAUGUUUCUUAUGUUCCAUUUGUCAUAAUCGAUCUGAUAAAUCUUCGUUCAAUCAAUGUUGAUGUAGAAAAUGGCACUGCAUGGGUAGAAGCCGGUGCCACCAUCGGUGAAGUAUACUAUAGGAUUGCCGAGAAAAGUAGAAACUUUGGCUUUCCUGCGGGAGUUUGCCCGACUGUGGGUGUUGGUGGACACUUCAGUGGGGGAGGGUACGGCACCAUGUUGCGCAAAUAUGGCCUUGCUGCAGAUAAUAUUGUUGACGCCCAAAUGAUUGAUGUUAAAGGCAGAAUCCUUGACAGAGAAUCCAUGGGAGAAGAUCUAUUUUGGGCCAUUCGAGGAGGUGGAGGGGCCAGCUUUGGAGUCAUUGUUGCAUGGAAAAUCAAGCUGGUUCAUGUUCCAUCAACUGUGACUGUAUUCACAGUUAAUAGGAACUUGGAACAAAAUGCAACCAAGCUUGUUCAUCGGUGGCAAUAUGUUGCAGACAAGCUUGAUGAAGACCUAUUCAUUCGCGUCAUCUUAAGUGCUGCCAAUUCUAGUCAAGAAGGGGGGAGAACAAUACAAGCUUCAUUUAAGUCCUUGUAUCUCGGAGGGAUGGAUAAUCUCCUUUCAUUGAUGCAAGAAAGCUUCCCUGAACUGGGUUUGGUAAGAGAAGAUUGCACUGAAAUGAGCUGGAUUGAAUCUACCCUCUACUUGGCCGGGUUUCCAAGUGGGGAAUCCUUGGAUGUACUGCUAAGCAGGACUCUUCUAACAAGACCAACUUUUUUCAAAGUAAAAUCUGACUACGUGAUGGAACCUAUUCCAGAAGUUGGCUUGGAAGGGAUUUGGGAGAGAUUUUACCACAAAGAGGCCGAGGAAGCAGAAUUGCUCCUGAUUCCGUAUGGGGGAAGAAUGAGUGAAAUCUCGGAAUCUGCAAUUCCUUUCCCACAUAGAGUUGGUAACAUCUACAAAAUCCAACACUCGGUGUUUUGGGAAGAAGAAGGAAUUGCGGCAUCCGAGAGACAUGUAAAUUGGAUCAGAAGGCUUUACAGUUACAUGGCUGCCUAUGUUUCUAAAUCUCCAAGAGCUGCAUACAUCAAUUACAGGGACCUUGACAUAGGAACAAAUAGUAAGGAAGGCAACACAAGCUAUAGACGGGCAAGUACAUGGGGUACUAAAUAUUUCAAGAGCAACUUUAAUAGGUUGGUUCAUGUGAAGACCAUGGUCGAUCCCACUAAUUUCUUCAGGAAUGAACAAAGCAUCCCGGCUCUUUCAUCCUGGUGAUCAGAGAAAUUAUACCAAAAGCAAGUUACACUCGUUCACGUGGAAAAGAAAAGGCAAACAAAUUAAGGAGAUAGAGGGUGCUGUGAAGAGGAAGAUACAUAACAAAGAUGAAACCAAGAAGAAGAAUUAUCAGGAAGAGAAGAAAUCAAUAGAAUCAGAGAGAGACGGACAGAGAUUUUGGUAUUGGGGUUCGACAAGGUGGCAACCAAAGACACUGGCAAAGGAGGAGAGACGCGCAACAGUCACCUUCGAGUGUUUCUUUUGUCGCUUUUUUCGAGCUUUGGAGGUGUUUUUGGCUAUAACUCUCAAGAACAAGACAUGGCAUCAAGAGUUGUUGUUCCUCUUCAAAAUCCCAAAGGUGAAGUGAAGAAGAAUGCACCAGCAGAAGGAAGGACUAGGCGGGUUCUCCAAGAUAUUGGUAAUCUCG